AUGGCCGCGGCGACGGCGACGUCGACGAUCGCGCUCGGACGCGCGCGUCGUCGCGCACGGCGCGGCGGCAACGGCGGCGUCGGCGGCGGCGCGCGUCAUGGCGGCGGCGGCGGCGUCGGCGCGCGCGCGCGGCGAACGAUGUCGACGACGACGUCGUCGUCGUCGUCGUCGUCGUCUCGUCGUCGAGACGUCGACGCGCGCUGGCCCGACGCGUCGUCGUCGUCGUCGUUGUCGUCGUCGUCGUCUUCCGCGCGCGUCGACGUCGCCGCCGCGGGCGUCUCCGCGGCGCUCCGCGAGGCGAGCGUCGACGACGACGACGCGCCGCCGACGACCGCAUCCAUGAUCGCCGCGUCGCCGUCGCCGUCCGCGCUCGCGUCGGCGACGGACCCGGCGGAGCUCGAGCAGCUCAUAAACCUCCUCCCUCCCGCGAUCGCGUCCGCGCUGCUCGCGCACGCGCAGAAGCUCGAGCUCGUCGAGGUCGUCCUCGACCUCGGCCGCGUCCCGCUCGCGCGCUUCGGCGGCGCGGACGUCGCGCUGAGCGACGCGCCGUUGACGCACGAUGACAUCGCGCGCGCGCUCUCCAACGUCGGCGACGUCGGCGCGGACAACCGCGCGGGGAUCGAUCGCACGCUGCACCGCAUCAGGCGCGUUCUCCUUACACUGGUCCUCAUACGACUCCGUCCGCGUGGUGCACGCCGUUCCUUGAGGACUUUCGCUGGCGUUUCUCUCCGCGCGCGCCAUGGUUUCGAUCCCGACGCGCCGCGACGCCUUUCGACUCCCGUCAUGCGCAACCGCGCGGGGGUCAUCGUCGGGAUGACGUGCCGCGUCGGACGCGCGAUCGAGGGCGGCGCGGACAUGAUCCGCGACCUGCUGGUGUCCGGCCGCAGCGUGUUGCUUCUCGGGAGACCCGGCGUCGGGAAGACGACGGCGAUUCGCGAGAUCGCGCGCGUGCUCUCAGGCGCGUCCUAUCUCACACUGGACUUUUCCCGGCGUCUCUCUCCGCCCAGGGUCCCUCGGUUUCAAUCCCGACACACCUCGACGCCUUUCAACUCCGCUUCUGACGCCUUUCAACUCCACCCUUUCAACGUUCGCUCGUAUGGACAAUUACCCUCAGACGACUGCGGCCGCCGGGUCGUCGUCGUGGACACGAGCAACGAGAUCGGCGGCGACGGCGACGUGCCGCAUCCGGGCAUCGGCGGCGCGCGGCGGAUGCAAGUCACGGAGCCGAGCGAGCAGCACGCGACGCUGAUCGAGGCGGUGCAGAAUCACACGCCGCAGGUGGUGGUCGUCGACGAGAUCGGCACCGAGCUCGAGUGCGCGGCGGCGCGGACGAUAUCCCAGCGCGGCGUGCAGAUGAUCGCCACGGCGCACGGGCACACGCUCGAGAACGUCCUGAAGAACCCGUCGCUGAACGACCUCGUCGGCGGCGUCGUCUCCGUGACGCUGGGAGACGACGAGGCGAGGAAGCGGCGCGCGCAGAAGACGACGCUCGAGCGCGAGGGCCCGCCGACGUUCGGCGCCGCGGUGGAGAUUCGCGAGACGGGGAAGUGGGUCGUGCACUUGGACGUCGGCGUCGCGGUGGACACGCUCCUCGCGGGGUACGCGCCGCCAGUUGAGCUCCGGAGCGUCGACGACGCCACCGGGAGGGUGAUGUCGCGGUCGUGGUUGGGGGACGACAGCGCGGGGGCGACGGGGUUCGACGACGCGCCAGCGGUCGGGUUCAACGGCGGCGGCGGCGGCGGUUUCGACGGGUUCAGCUCGUUCGCGCAGGAGCGGCCGAUCGGCGGCGGGGUUGGGUUCGGGUCGUCGGGGGGGUCGUUCUACGGCGAAGCCGGCGUCAGCGGGUUUUCGUUCCCGAGCGCGUCGGGGCCGCCGCGGACGGCGGCGACGGCCGCGGUAACGCCUCCCGCGCGGCCGUUAUCCUCGUCCGGGUUCGCCGCGCAGGAGGUGGCGGACGCCGCGGAUAAACGCGACGGCGGGACCGCCGGGAAGCGAGGAAGCGCGGCGGCGCGGACCGCGUCGUCGUCGUCGAUGUCGACGGAUGACGAAAAGGCGUUAUUCGCGAUUUAUCCCUACGAUUUGGACUGCGACAUGCUCGAGGGCGUGAUCGCGUCGUUGGGUCUCGAGGACCGCGUCGUGCUGACGAACGUCCUCGAAGACGCCGCCGCGGUUAUCGCGGCGAGGGUGAAGAGCGCGACGUGGCUUCGGCACGCGGCGCGCGCGCGCGGGUUGCCGAUUUACGCGCUGAAAGUGGAGGGGUGGGCGUUCUAUCUCACACUGGUCCCCAUACGACCCCGUUAG